CACCUUGCUGCCCCCUUCGUGUCCCUAGGCCUGAGGUCGUCUCCCGAGCCCUGCGCCAUGCCGAGGGAGAGGAGGGAGAGGGAUGCUAAGGAACCGGACACUAUGAAAGAAGAAGGUGGCAUAGAUUUCUCCGUUCGAUCCAGGAAAAGGAAAGCAAAUGUGGCCGUUUUUUUGCAGGAUCCAGAUGAAGAAAUUGCCAAAAUCGACCGGACUGCGAGAGGCCAGUGUGGUGGUCAGCCUUGGGACAAUAAUCCAGUCUGUGAAAACCCCUGCUCCUUGAUCCCCACACCGGACAAAGAAGAAGAUGAGCUGGUAUACCCGAAUUCUAUGUGCAGGCCGCAGAAUUUUACACCAUCCAGAGCCUCACCCCUGCCUGUACUGAACUGGGCAAAUCGAGAAGAGGUUUGGAAAAUCAUGCUAAACAAGGAAAAGACGUACUUAAGAGAUAAGCACUUUAUGCAGCGGCACCCUCUUCUGCAGCCUAAAAUGAGAGCAAUUCUUCUGGACUGGUUGAUGGAGGUGUGCGAAGUCUAUAAACUUCACAGGGAGACGUUUUACUUGGCACAGGAUUUCUUUGAUCGGUAUAUGGCAACCCAAGAUAAUGUUGUCAAAACACUUCUCCAGCUUAUUGGGAUUUCAUCUUUAUUUAUUGCUGCCAAACUUGAGGAAAUCUAUCCCCCAAAGUUGCAUCAGUUUGCUUAUGUUACAGAUGGCGCUUGUUCAGGAGAUGAAAUUCUCACCAUGGAAUUAAUGAUCAUGAAGGCCCUCAAUUGGCGUUUAAGUCCUCUGACCAUUGUGUCCUGGCUGAAUGUGUACAUGCAGGUUGCCUAUCUAAAUGACAUAUAUGAAGUGCUACUGCCACAGUAUCCCCAGCAAAUCUUCAUCCAGAUUGCAGAGCUUUUAGAUCUCUGUGUCCUGGAUAUUGGCUGCUCAGAGUUUCCUUAUGGUAUACUUGCUGCUUCUGCCUUGUAUCAUUUCUCUUCAUCUGAAUUGAUGCAAAAGGUUUCAGGGUAUCAGUGGUGUGAGAUAGAGCAGUGUGUCAAGUGGAUGGUUCCAUUUGCCAUGGUCAUAAGGGAGACAGGAAGUUCAAAACUGAAGCACUUCCGGGGGGUUCCUGCUGAAGACGCACACAACAUACAGACCCAUUUAAACAGCUUGGAUUUGCUGGACAAAGCCCAAGCAAAGAAAGCCAUAUUAUCCGAACAAAAUAGGAUUUCUCCUCUGCCCAGCGGGGUCCUCACGCCCCCACAAAGCAGUAAGAAGCAGAACGGAGGGCAGGGAAUGGCAUGACCACACCAGCAUUCUCCACCAAAGACAGUCAUGUGGAAGUGCCUGCUCAAUGUUCUCUUCUGUCUGCUGCAGGAGAUAUACAUUAGCUUUUACAGAUAUUUAAAUGGAGGAGUGUGUCUCUUUCGCAACAGAAGUGUUUCUGUGGAUGGCAUUGGACAGGGAGAAGUGUUUUUUAUUGAAUGCUUAGAUUUUUUUUUUAAUAAGUGGGUCAAGUACACCAGCCACCUCCCGAACACCAAUGAG